GAAAAAUUAAAACAAAAAAAUAAAUAUUUAAUUCAUAUUUAAAUUCGCAAUUAAUUUGUAAUUAAAACCCAAUUAAGCGAUGAUUUAGUGAAUCAGUGAUUUCAUUGUCAUUGUGUGGACGACUCAAGAGUAAAAUUUGUGAUCAAAUAUCACUCACAGACACACAUCUGGUCAGCGGAUCAGUCAUCUGUAGCCGCACUUCGAGGACAUCGACGGGUGAAGAGAAACGCGGACCAAAUCCGUAGCCAUGGAAUCGAUUCGCGAGUCUUCGGACCAAUUGGUGAAGAGUGUCGAGUGCUAUAACAGUCGACCGCUGGUUCUUCACGGCUAUUUCGGUCCAUUCGUGUCCAUAUAUAUUAUCUUAAUCUACAAUUGGUUGACAUAUUAUUCCCAAACGGAAUCGCAAGAGAUUUGGUUUAUCGCUGUCGCGGUUGUGGUCGUACUUCAGAUACUGUCGUAUCUGUUCAGCCAUUGGUCCGUUCACUGCAAGAGUUUUCUCGCCUUUACUAAAGCGUCGAGUCCACUGUCGGCCGCGUUUGUCAAAGUGGUUCCGAUGCCGAACAACGGGUCGCCCGAAUUGAUUCGUCUCUAUCGCACAAAACGUGAUGACACUGAAGAGGAGGAUAUGAUUUGGUUCUCGUUUCAAAAGACUAAAUACAUCUACGAUUGCGAGACCAAUAAGUUUACGGUUCUGUCGUUUCCAAUCAAUUUGGCGAUCAAUGACUACCAGCAGUGGAAGGGCUAUCAGGACGAGGUCGAGAUCGUGGCCAUUGAGCGCCGGUUCGGGCGCAACAGUCUGGAGAUGGAAGUGCCCGAAUUCAUGGAACUGUUCAGAGAGCGAGCGACGGCUCCGUUCUUCGUGUUUCAACUGUUUUGCGUCGGUUUGUGGUGUUUGGAUGAGUUCUGGUACUACAGUGUCUUCACGCUUGUCAUGUUAGUGGCCUUUGAGUGCGUUUUAGUACAGCAACAGCUGAGGAAUCUGUCGGAGAUCCGCAAAAUGGGAAACAAGCCGUACACUAUUCAGGUGUAUAGGAAUCGCAAGUGGCGUCCCAUUCAGACCAAUGAGUUAGUGCCCGGAGAUAUCGUCUCCAUUGUCCGCUCUCAGGAGGAGAACUUAGUUCCCUGUGAUCUGCUUCUGUUGCGCGGCUCUUGUAUUGUCGACGAGUCGAUGCUUACGGGAGAGUCUGUGCCACAGAUGAAGGAACCCAUCGAAGCCAUUGUCGACAAUACUCGUAAUUUUGAUAUCGAUUCUGACGGUCGACUGCAUAUGCUUUACGGCGGGACUAAAGUAUUACAACACACGGCGCCCGCGAAGACCACCACUGGACUCAGAGCCGGUGAUAAUGGAUGUGUUGGCUAUGUUUUGCGGACAAGUUUUAACACAUCUCAGGGAAAAUUGUUGCGAACAAUACUGUAUGGCGUGAAGAGAGUGACGGCUAAUAAUUUGGAGACAUUUGGGUUUAUUCUGUUUUUGUUGAUCUUCGCGAUCGCUGCCGCCGGCUAUGUAUGGGUUAAGGGCUCUGAAGACCCGAAACGCAAUCGAUAUAAGCUGUUCCUCGAGUGUACGCUAAUCUUGACGUCUGUUGUACCUCCGGAACUGCCCAUUGAAUUAUCGUUAGCCGUCAACACAUCAUUGCUUUCACUGUCGAAAUUAUACAUCUACUGUACGGAACCGUUUCGCAUACCAUUUGGCGGAAAAGUGGAGAUCUGUUGUUUCGAUAAGACCGGAACCCUUACCAGUAAUAACUUAUUAGUCGAGGGAAUCGCUGGCCUUAAAGAUGACAACAAAAUAUGUCCCAUAACUGAAGCUCCAUUGGAAACGAUACAAGUGUUGGCCACUUGUCACGCGUUGGUUCAGUUAGAGGACGGACUGGUUGGGGAUCCGCUAGAAAAGGCCACUCUUAACGCUAUUGAGUGGACGCUAACUAAAGGCGAUGCCGUCAUACCAAAGAAGGGCAAAUCGCCGGGUCUUAAGAUAUUCUAUAGGUUCCACUUUUCGAGCGCUCUCAAGAGGAUGUCAGUGAUUGCCGGCUAUUCUCCGGCCGGAACUACUGAUACCACAUACUUCUCGGUAGUGAAAGGCGCGCCCGAAAUCUUGAAGCCAAUGUUCUCAAGCGUUCCGACCAAUUAUGAUGACGUUUACAUUGAAAUGUGUCGAAAGGGCGCCCGUGUGUUGGCUUUGGGCCGAAGAACUCUUGGAAAUCUUUCGCAUCAACAGGUGAGAGAUUUGACACGAAAUGAUAUCGAGAAGAAUUUAGAUUUCGUUGGAUUUGUCGUUAUCUCCUGUCCACUGAAACCCGACUCGAAAGCCGUUAUGAAAGAAAUUAUCAAUUCUUUACAUCACGUGGUUAUGAUCACUGGCGACGCGCCACUGACCGCCUGUCACGUGGCGAAGGAAUUGCACUUUAUAUCGAAGAAGAAAGAGACACUGAUUUUGUCACCCAAUAAGAUCCAAAAUGAUUUUCAAUGGGUUUCGAUUAAUGAGAAAACAAGACUCGAUUGCAUUCCCAAAGAUCCGAAACAGUUCUUUAAUACAUACGAGUUGUGCAUUACUGGCGAUGCUCUCAAUUAUCUCAUCGAUAAUGACUUGAAAUUUUAUAAGAAAGUAUUGCCUCACAUUCGGGUCUUUGCACGCGUGGCCCCCAAACAGAAGGAAUCGAUUAUUACUUCGUUAAGAAGUCUUGGUUUUACAACUUUGAUGACUGGUGAUGGAACCAAUGAUGUCGGCGCUCUAAAGCACGCACACGUCGGGGUCGCACUGUUAGCCAACGCACCCCUUCAGGCAUCAGAUCUUCCGAAGCCGAAACCUAAGCCCACAAACGACGUGACCGUAAACGCCAACAACGAGAUGAGUAACAAUAUUCCCCGAAACCGAAUGCGCGGCCGAACUCACGGCUCGGAUCGAGGAGUCGCUAACGCGGCGGCCAAUGCCGGUCGGCCUCAGAAUAAGGCGCUCGAAACGCAACAACAGUUGCAACGAAUGCUCGCAGAGAUGGAGGAACAGGAGAAGGCAUCGGUGGUGAAACUCGGCGACGCCAGUAUCGCCGCCCCCUUCACCUCCAAACUAUCAUCCAUUCAAUGCGUAUGUCAUAUCAUCAAACAGGGCAGGUGUACGCUCGUCACUACACUCCAAAUGUUUAAGAUACUGGCUCUCAACGCACUCAUACUCGCCUACAGUCAGUCUGUGCUCUAUUUGGAUGGCAUUAAGUUCAGCGACGGACAGGCGACCCUUCAGGGCCUCCUUCUCGCCGGUUGUUUCCUAUUUAUAUCUCGAUCUCGGCCAUUGACAACACUGUCGUCGCGUCGCCCUUUGCCUAACAUUUUUAACAUUUAUACGAUUCUUACGGUUUUACUGCAAUUUGCGGUUCAUUUCUGUUCUUUGAUUUAUUUGGUUCGGGAGGCGAAGAGGCGAACGCCGAAGGCGUUGGAAAAGUUUCCCGAUUUAGAGGCAGAGUUCAACGCUUCUAUCCUUAACUCAACCGUUUAUAUCAUUUCUAUAUCACUCCAAGUGUCGACUUUUGCCGUCAAUUAUAAGGGCCACCCGUUUAUGGAGAGUUUGGUCGAGAAUAAGCCUUUGCUGUGGAGUAUUAUCGGCUCAUUCUUGGCUGUCGUAGCGCUAGUGACGGGUGUUUUGCCUGAUUUGUCCAAUCAGUUCGGAAUCGUUGAGUUUCCCGCAGACUUUCAAAAAGUAUUGAUGACAGUGUUGUCAAUGGAUCUGAUCUGCGCGCUGGCAGUGGACCGAGUGUUGGAAUUCCUGUUCGGCAGAGCGAAGUUAAAACGACUUUAACACCUGAUUUAGCGCUUAAUUUAGUGGAAACGAAACACAAGACAGUAAUUUAGUCGCGAUUUUUAAGAAUAUCUAUAUAUUUACCAUAAGAUAUGUUUUUGCAAUACUUUAUUUUUCAGCUCUCAUUUGAC